AUGGGAACAACAGAUGACCGAUUUUCGGACCGUGGAUUUAGAAAACCAGAAUUUGUAGAACUUGAUGAGUAUUCUGACUUUGUCCAAGCAUAUGAGUCAGUCUUACAACGGCGACUUACGCGUUGGGAACAGUAUUUUUCCGCCCUACCAUCAAAAAAGAGCUCCAAAUUGAAAAGAUUUUGUCGUAAAGGAGUACCGGAUCAUAUUAGAGCGACAGUAUGGAUGCAUCUUUCGGGAGCUCAGGAACGAAUGGAAGCUAAUCCAAAUGCAUAUAGCAUUGCAGUUACUCAGAAACCACCAAAUAACAUUAUGAAUGUAAUAUUGGCAGAUGUUCCACGUACAUUUCCUGAGAAUAUUCAUUUCCAAGAUACCGAUGGUCCAAACAGUAAACUGGUGUCAUUGGAAAGAGUUUUAUCAGCGUUUGCAGUCCACUGUCCUAAUAUUGGUUAUUGUCAGGGUAUGAAUUACAUAGCUGCAGUACUUCUACUGGUUCUUGAUUGUCCUGCAGAUGAAGCUGAAGUCAAAGCAUUUUGGUUAUUAGAUGCAUUGGUUAAUCAUAUUCUACCAAAGUAUUAUUCAUCUGAUAUGUUGGCUGUACGCGUCGACUGUAUGGUGCUCAAUGAAUUAUUAAGAGAGAAAAUUCCCAUGGUGCAUAAAGUCAUCAUGAAUUCAGGUAUCAGUUGUACAUUGUUGGCUACAAAAUGGUUUAUCUGCCUAUUCGCUGAUGUUCUACCAAUUGAAACAACUAUUCGCAUUUUCGAUUGUCUCUUCUAUGAAGGUGAUAAAGUGUUAUUUCGUGUCUGCCUUUCAUUGGUUAGAUUACACUACAAGGAUUUAAUCCAAUGCAAAGAAUUCCCUGUUCUCAUUACAGCUUUUCGUAAUAUGUGCAAAGAUAAACAGACACUGUAUUGUCAUCAAUUUUUAGAAUCAAUGUUUCGAUCACAUGGUACUCUUUCAAGAUCUUUGAUUACAAAACUUCGUGAUAAAUUCACCCAACAGUUGGAAAAUGGUUUCGACGGAUAAUGAAUGACGAUGGUCGUGAUGAUGAUUUCUCUCUCUCUCUUCUCAACCAUGACAACAACCUCACGCAUGCUCUUCCUCACUGUGUUUGUCAAUCAUGGCUGCUGAAUAAUAUUAAAUAAUAUUUUAAAAAAUAAGCUAUUUUCAACUUUUAUGUUUCAUUUUUUAAAAUUAUUUUAAUUUCACCGCUUUAAUUUUACUUCCUUUUAUUGUUUCAUUUAAACAAACUGAUAUCCCCCCCCUUAACUCACAAGCAAAGAACAUAUGUAUUUUAUAAUCCAGUUUAUAUUUCUCUGCUCAUCCCUACUUCCAUUCAUCAAUUAUUCAUCACUCACAGUCGGCAAUUAAUUUGUUGAAUUUUUAGCUGGAAUGGGGGGAGACUUUUGACCCUCAUUCGGGUAUGCUGAUAGUCAAGAUUUCUAGUUUAUAUGUACAGAAAGUGUGAUUACUCCAGUGACAAUUGUCACGAUUAUUAUUAUUAUUAUCAAUUUCGUAAUUUCGAGUAACUGAGAUCUUCAAAUGUAUAAAAAAGGAACUUGGAAUAUACACACAACAACAAAAAAUGUAUGUAUAUACAAUGUUUUACUUGCUCACUUCUUCAAUUUAUCUAACUCUGUUGUUUAAAUUGUCAAAGUGAAGUUUCCGGAGCGGUUUUCGCUGUUGGUUGCCAUGGUAACAGUGGCGGAUAGUUUAACUAGACG